AUGCCCAGGUGGACAAGGCCCAUAUUGAAUCACAUUUUACCGAGGAGGCCAUUCAUCCGCAGUUUCAACAGCUUCCUUUUACUCGAAAACACAUCUCACUCUAGGCUAUCGUUUUCCAUGAGCAGUCGAGGCUUUAGAUCUAAUAACUUUAUUCAUGCACAACUGAAGCAUCCAUCCAUACUUUCAAAAGAGGAUUUAGAUCUGCUUUCUGAUUCAGACGAUUGGGAAGAACCCGAGUGCAUACAGCUAGAAACUAAGCAGCCAGAUAAAAACAAUCCUAUCAUAAUAAAUGAUGAUAUUCUAGCAGUAAAAAAACCCAUGAUGGAUAAGAAUGUCAUGAAUUUUAUCAACAAGGACAAUUUCUCGUCUUGGAAUGAUAUACCCAAACCUAGUAUAGCUAAGCCACCACAACUGGCUCCUGAGAACUCAUUUGAACAGAGCAGUCAAAAAAAGUCAGAGUCGAAAGGCUUCAAGAACCCGUUAAGACCAACGUUGAAAAAGGAACCUUCCUUUGAGGAAUUUCAGAAUAGUUUUUUAUCCCAAGAGAGAAGUCUGGAAAUGAUAAACGAAAACGAAAAGAAAAAAAUGCAGUUUGGGCAAAAAAUUGCUGUUUUAACUCAAAGGCCAAGCUUUACUGAGCUGCAGAACGACCAGGAAGAUAGUAACUCGAAUUUUUCCAAUAAUGUGAAGAUUAAGAUACCGAUUUGUUUAAGCAAAGAACAAGAAAGUAUUAUCAAGUUAGCCGAAAACGGGCACAACAUUUUUUAUACAGGUAGUGCUGGUACAGGUAAAUCCAUUCUUUUGCGUGAAAUGAUUAAAAUUUUGAAAGGCCUCUAUGGGAGAGAAAAUGUGGCGGUCACUGCAUCCACAGGAUUGGCCGCCUGCAACAUUGGUGGUAUAACUAUACAUUCGUUUGCUGGGAUAGGGUUAGGUAAAGGUGACGCAGAUAAACUUUAUAAAAAAGUUCGUCGAUCUAGAAAGCACUUGAGGCGUUGGGAAAAUAUUGGCGCCCUAGUUGUCGAUGAAAUAUCGAUGUUAGACGCGGAACUUUUGGAUAAACUAGACUUCAUCGCCAGAAAAAUACGGAAGAACCAUCAGCCCUUCGGUGGCAUUCAACUUAUCUUUUGUGGAGAUUUCUUCCAGUUACCACCCGUAUCCAAAGAUCCUAAUAGACCAACCAAGUUUGCUUUUGAGUCUAAGGCCUGGAAGGAAGGUGUCAAAAUGACGAUCAUGCUGCAAAAGGUUUUCAGACAGCGUGGAGAUGUAAAGUUUAUUGACAUGUUGAAUCGGAUGAGACUAGGUAAUAUUGAUGAUGAAACAGAACGAGAGUUCAAAAAACUUUCAAGGCCAUUGCCAGAUGAUGAAAUUAUUCCAGCGGAACUUUAUAGUACUAGGAUGGAAGUCGAAAGGGCUAACAACUCUAGAUUGAGUAAACUACCAGGUCGCGUACAUGUGUUCAAUGCCAUCGAUGGUGGUGCUUUGGAGGACGAAGAACUAAAGGAAAGAUUGUUACAGAAUUUCCUAGCCCCAAAGGAAUUGCAUUUAAAAGUAGGCGCCCAAGUUAUGAUGGUGAAAAAUGUAGACGCCACUUUAGUUAAUGGAUCCCUUGGCAAAGUUAUUGAAUUUAUGGAUCCAGAAACAUACUUUUGUUAUGAUGCACUAACAAAUGACCCAUCUAUGCCCUCGGAUAAAUUAGAGACAUGGGUUGAAAACCCAUCAAAAAUAAAAGCAGCAAUGGAAAAGGAACAGAAUGAUAUGGAAGAAAGUGCAGUAGCUAGUCGAAAAUCUUCGGUAAAAGAGGGUUUUGCUAAAAGCUCUACAGACGAACGUGUCUCUCCAUUAGAUUCCUCGGUUUUUGAUUUUAUGAAAAGAGUUAAAACAGAUGACGAAGCUGUAUUAGUGAAUAUAAAACGGAAGGAGCAGCUUAUGCAAAUGAUACACCAAAAUUCUGCGGGAAAACGGAGAUUGCCUUUAGUGAGAUUCAAAGCUUCUGAUAUGAGCACCAGAAUGGUUCUUGUUGAACCAGAAGACUGGGCCAUAGAAGAUGAAAAUGAGAAGCCGUUGGUAUCUAGGGUUCAACUGCCGCUAAUGCUUGCCUGGUCAUUAUCGAUUCACAAAUCGCAAGGUCAGACACUUCCAAAAGUCAAGGUUGAUUUACGUAGAGUAUUUGAAAAGGGCCAAGCAUAUGUUGCAUUGUCUAGAGCCGUUUCAAGAGAGGGUUUGCAAGUUUUAAAUUUUGACAAAAGUAGGAUCAAAGCACACCAAAAGGUGGUUGAUUUCUAUUUAACCCUAUCUUCAGCUGAAAGUGCGUAUAAACAGCUUGAGACAGAUGAGCAAGCAAAGAAAAGAAAAUUAGAUUAUGCACCUGGUCCUAAAUAUAAGGCUAAAUCCAAGUCAAAGUCAAAUUCUCCAAUACCCACAUCGGCAUCGGCCCAAUCGAACAGCGGCAUUGCAGCCAUGUUACAAAGGCAUAGCAGAAAGAGAUUUCAACCGAAAACAGACUCAAACGAUAAUCGAGCUCGUUCAUUGGUGGCCGACAAACGUAAUCACCAAGACACAGAGAACCACGUUCUAGAAUAA